UUGACACAGUCCAGCAAAAAAAAAACAAUUUCUCAAAUUUUCUCUCUCCCCUGCUCCUCCUCCUCGCCCCAGUUCUCUCCCGCAUCCGCCGUCUCGUCCAUCCCAAAACAAAUCAAACCCACCUCUCGCUCGGAUCCUCCCCCGAAUCCGGCCACCCCCUUCCGUCGCCUCAAAAACCCUACCCCCUCGCGCCACCGGCGGGAGGCAUGCGGCGGUGACCGCGCGUGCGGCCUCGUCUGUCUGCGCUCGCGCGCGCGGGCGGGUGGGCGGGCAUUGCGAUCGCUAGGGGACCGCGGAGCCAUGGCGUCCGCGGGGUCGGGCGCCGGCGGCGCGGGGGCGGGCGGGCUCAAGACCUACUUCAAGACCCCCGAGGGGCGGCACAAGCUGCAGUACGAGAAAACUCACUCCCCCGCCGUCGUGCACUACAACCACAGCGGCAAGACCGUCUCCCAGAUGACGGUGGCAUAUUUGAAGGAGAAGCCGGCCGGCCAGGGGUCCACGCCUUCAACUCCAAGCGCCGGCAGUGGGAUGCGUUCUGCUGCUGCAAGGCUGCUCGGCACGGGGAAUGGGAGCCGGGCGCUUAGCUUUGGGAGCAAUGGUACCAGCAGGGCUGUCUCAGGAAGCAGCCGCAUUGGUGGUGGCAUUGGUGCGUCGACGAGCGCAAGUGGAUCACAAGGCAUGGCGAAUUAUGAUGGCAAGGGAACGUACAUAAUAUUCAACACUGCCGAUACACUCUUCAUCAGUGAUCUCAACUCACAUGACAAAGAUCCAAUAAAGUCCAUCCACUUCAGCAGCUCAAACCCGCUUUGCCAUGCAUUUGACCCGGAAGCCAAGGACGGGCAUGAUCUGCUCGUUGGGGUGUUCUCGGGAGAUGUCUAUUCAAUGUCAUUGAGGCAGCAGUUGCAAGACCCUGGAAAGAAGCCUGUUUCAUAUCAGCAUUUUAUUAAUAAAGACAAAGAUAAAGACAAAGAUCCAAGUCAAGGUGGCGCUGCCAGCAGCCGGUGCACUUGUGUUGCAUGGGUUCCAGAGCGUGAAGGAAUUUUUGUUGUUAGCCAUGCUGAUGGGAAUUUGUAUGUGUAUGACAAAUCCAAGGAUGGUAAUACUGAUUGGACGUUUCCAACUAUUAAGGAUCAAAGUCAGCUGCUGAUUUCACAUGCAAAGUCGAGUAAGGGCAAUCCAAUUGCAAGAUGGCAUAUCUGUCAAGGUGCAAUCAAUGCCAUUUCCUUUUCACCGGAUGGUGCUUACUUGGCAACUGUUGGGCGAGAUGGUUACUUGAGAGUAUUUGACUUUGCGAAAGAGCAACUAAUAUUUGGUGGGAAAAGUUACUAUGGCGCACUGUUGUGUUGCUCUUGGAGUGCGGAUGGCAAAUAUUUGUUAUCAGGUGGUGAAGAUGAUCUUGUGCAAGUAUGGAGUAUGGAUGACAGAAAGAUAGUUGCAUGGGGCGAAGGGCAUAAUUCAUGGGUCAGCGCAGUAGCUUUUGAUCCGUAUUGGUCCCCACCAAAUUCGGAUGAAACUGAAGAAAAUGUCAUGUAUCGCUUUGGGUCAGUUGGACAGGACACUCAACUGCUUCUCUGGGAUCUUGCACUGGACGAGAUUGCUGUCCCUCUACGCCACCCUUCCGGUGGCUCACCGACAUUUAGCAGUGGAAGCCCUUCUGCACAUUGGGACAAUGCUUGCCCUCCAACAGGUGUUCUUCUACCUUCUCCUCGGAUGCGAGAUGUGCCAAAGCUCUCAUCCCUAGUUGCACACCGGGUACAUGUAGACCCUCUCUCUGGCCUGGAGUUCACCAGCGAAUCAAUCCUCACCAUAUGCCGUGAAGGGCUAAUCAAAAUCUGGGCCAGACCCAGCCAUAGUGAAAACAACCAGCAGCCUGAUUCUUCUGAUCAGAUCAUAGGCAACGCCACUGCAAAGGAUAAGAUGCUAACAUCGUCGAACAAAGCAGGCACUUCCAGCUCCAGCUUCAAGCAAUCAUCUGCUGUUUUCACAUGACAGGCUUUGCCAGCAUUUUUAUGAUGCUCGCCUGGCUGUGACUAUUCAUCUUUUGUUACUAACGUGAGGAUUCAUGGAGCGGGAGUAGUAGAUUGGGAGAGGUUGCCAGCAAAGAGUCGCACCUUUUUUUCCUGCUUCGGCGACUACGUCUCUGGGCUACAGUCUUACAGAAGUGUCAUUGUUGCCAUCUGUGUUGGCGAAGAAAAUAACGGACCUUGCUCCUGUACAUAUACAGAUACCGCCUUGAGAUGAAUAUUACAAGCUUACUUAUUUGAUGUCAUUUGAUUGUUCUUUUGUAACAAUUUCUGUAGACUAGAGCGUGUACCCAUUUUUUGGUGUAGUCUUGUAACUCUUGGAGGCUGCAGGUCAUUGGGUGUCCAAUGGAUUCCCUUGGCAUAAUGGUAAUUUUUACUCCCUAGAACCAACUUCAGUUUUCUGUUGGAGACAUUGUAAACUACUGCUGUAAGCGCUUCGUUUAUACAGCAAUUCUGAAUCCGGUUCUUUUCUUU